CAAGCAGGGUGCAAGUGGUGGACUGGACUGGACUGUGGCGCCACGCUGUGAGGGAGCGCCGACGUAGUUUUGAAAGGUUGACAUGAUGACGACAUCCCCGUGGGACCAAUGGUACUCCACAAACUGCUGUCUGUGCUGUCAUGUCCGCACUGGAACCAUCAUCUUGGGGGUCUGGUACAUGUUAGUCUUAUCUGCCCAUAUGCUGUGUGUCCCUAAGCUCAUCAACGCUGUGGUGUUACUCAUCCUGCUCACGGCGCUCGGUGAUCCUGAGCAGUACCACCUGACCACCGCUGAGUUGGCUAAUGACUUGGAUGUCAUGGAUGACGCCAAUAUGUGCAUUGCCUCGGCCAUCUCUCUGCUGAUGAUACUCAUAUGUGGGAUGGCAACAUAUGGUGCAUACAAGAUGCGUGGUGCCUGGAUCAUCCCAUUUUUUUGCUACCAGAUCUUUGACUUUGCACUCAACACCCUCGUUGCUGUGAGCAUUGUGGUUUAUCCUAACACGAUACAGGAUUACCUGCAGCAAUUGCCUGACAAUUUCCCUUACAAAGAGGAGAUUGCUGCCCUGAGUACUGUGUGCUUGGUUCUCAUCGUGCUGAUCUUCAUCAGCUGUAUUCUGGGCUUUAAGGCUUACCUGAUAGCCUGCGUGUGGAACUGCUCCAGAUAUGUGUGCAGUCGCGGCACUGCUGCAAUUCUGCUUUAUGUCACAACCAAUGACACAACGGUCCUGCUUCCGCCGUAUGACGACGGUGUCAGUGUUCCUACCAAACAGGCUGCUCCUCUGUCCUCAUCCACUACGACAGCAUGACAACAUUCCCAGGAUCCCUCUGAUCGGAAACUAAUGUGAAGACAAUCCAUGUGUGCACCACACCCUUAUGCUCAUGUUGUUUCUCAACACACAUGUUUUUGAAUAGACAAAGUCAUCACACACACGUAGGCUGUAAAAUGCACAUGCACACACCGUACCACCAGCGUGACCUACUUAUAACCCUACUAACUGUAUGUAACUCAUUAGUCCAACACACACUGACUCCGUCCGAGGAAUUCCGGAAAUGGUUUGAUGCAUUUGAUUUUGUCGAUAUUAGCGUUUAGAAAGCACCAGAACCUUUACUGGAUAAAAGAUGAUAUCUAUAUCUACUCUUCGUGUACAUGUAAGUGUAUCGUGUGACUUUCAUAUUCAAGCGAUCAAGGCCCAGAGUAAAGAGUGAAGGGCUGACAUGUGAUUCCUGUUUGUCGUAUCUCUUCUAAUGAUCAGGCUAGGAGGCCUUCAUUUAUCCUGUUCUUUCUGAUUGAGUAAAACAUGUUUUGACAGCAUCCUAAUCUAAGGUUAUGUGUAAUUUUGCCUUUCUGUUGAUGAGAAAAUUUAGUCUUUGGAUUAGUUUUUUUCUUUUUGAAUGAUUCAAAUCGGUUCUAAAGUUACUCGUGGCAAAGAUGUGAGGAUGUCUGUCAGGCCUCGAUGUUACAGGAGCAAAAAUGUAUGUGGACCCAUUUGUGUUUUUUCAAUUAAGUCAGUGUUCCGCUGUGUCGAAACGCACACGUGUUGUACCGGAUACGCUUUUUUGCGUUCGUGUUCUGCGGAAAGCAAAUGCCCUGCUGGAAUGUGCGAACAA